GCAUGCAGUGACGCAGUCGCUUCCUUUAUCCUGUUCCAGUUUUGCGGCGCUCUCGCACAUCGCUCGCUCUCUAUGCGCAGCCGGUAGAGGAGAGGACGGAGGCGCCAUUUUGCGAGAACUUGUCUAAAUUCCACCAUCAGACAUGUACCCGACCACAUUAACCCAGCUCGCCCGGGCGAACCCAUUCAGCGCCCCGCUAUUCACACUGCAGAAAGUCGAGGAGCCGCAGCCACACACUACCGGACAGAAGCGUAACCUCGCAGCCGCCGCUGUAUCCGACAAAGGCGAUAGCUGUGAGUUCGGCUCAUUGAAAUACUACGCCCUCUGUGGUUUUGGGGGCAUCUUGAGUUGUGGUCUUACUCACACAGCCGUCGUACCACUCGACUUGGUGAAGUGCCGUCUUCAGGUGGACCCAGCUAAAUACCAGAGUAUCUUCAAAGGAUUCUCAGUCACAAUCAAAGAGGAUGGCAUGCGUGGCUUGGCCAAAGGUUGGGCACCCACCUUCUUUGGAUACUCCAUGCAGGGGCUCUGCAAGUUUGGUUUCUAUGAGGUGUUCAAGAUCUUUUAUGGAGACCUUUUAGGAGAGGAGAAUGCAUACUUGUGGAGAACAUCCCUGUAUCUGGCUGCCUCUGCCAGCGCUGAGUUCUUCGCUGAUAUUGCUCUGGCUCCUAUGGAGGCGUGUAAAGUGCGUAUCCAGACUCAGCCCGGCUACGCCAACACUUUGAGAGAAUGCGCCCCUAAGAUGUACGCCGAGGAGGGACUCUGGGCGUUCUACAAAGGAGUGGUUCCCCUGUGGAUGAGACAGAUCCCCUACACCAUGAUGAAGUUUGCCUGCUUUGAGCGAACCGUUGAGUUGCUUUACAAAUUUGUGGUGCCCAAACCCCGCAGCGAAUGCUCCAAACCCGAACAGCUGGUCGUCACUUUUGUUGCCGGUUACAUCGCUGGUGUGUUCUGUGCUAUUGUGUCUCACCCUGCUGACUCCGUCGUAUCCGUGUUGAACAAAGAGAAGGGAAGCACAGCAAUGCAAGUGCUCAAGAGACUCGGACCUAAAGGUGUUUGGAAGGGUCUGGUCGCCCGUAUUAUCAUGAUCGGUACCUUGACUGCCCUGCAGUGGUUCAUCUACGACUCGGUGAAGGUCUACUUCCGUCUGCCCCGCCCACCUCCACCCGAGAUGCCAGAGUCCCUCAAGAAGAAGCUCGGCCUCACAGAGUAAACGGCCCAACGGUCGCCCACCUCCAUUAGUCUCUUCAACACAGCUGCACACUUAUGUUUUCUAUAUUUAAGUCUGUCCUGAGCCUUUUCCCCCCCAUGCCUGCCUCGCUCACCUAUGACUGAUAUCGUCACAGUCGGGAUUAGCCGGUCCCCUUAAUAGGGUCUGCCGCGUCUAAAGUCUGUAUACAAAGGUUUGUGACUUGAAUGAAUGCCAUGUGGUUUUAAUCUCUGACGGUUGUUUGUCAGUAGAACAAUUAAACAACUACCUGGAUAUUAA